GUCUGCGGUGUUUUCAGGCGUUUGGGGGCUGCAAGGAAGCGAGCUGAGCUGUACCCUGAAUUAGGGAGGCUGGUUGGGAAGUAACCAACUCUGAACCUGCGCAGGCCGCUGUUUUCCGCUAGUUGAUCGCUCCGGGCCUGCUGUUAUGUGGGCUUCCCUGAGGUUAGCCCUGCGGCCUUGCGCCCGCGCCCUUGUCCCCGGGCCGCGCGCUUAUCACGGGGACUCGGUGGCCACGCUGGGUACCCAGCCGGACUCGGGUUCUGCCAUCUACCAGGAAAACUAUGAACAGAUGAAAGUACUUGUAAAUCAGCUCCAUGAACGAGCACAGAAAAUAAGAUUAGGAGGCAGUGAGAAAGCCCGAGAACGCCACAUAGCAAGAGGAAAACUUUUAGCCAGAGAAAGAGUGGAUAGUCUUGUAGACCCAGGGUCUCCAUUUCUGGAAUUAUCCCAGUUUGCAGGUUACGAGUUAUAUGCUAAUGAGGAGGUCCCUGCCGGUGGCAUUAUUACAGGCAUUGGGAGAGUAUCAGGAGUAGAAUGUAUAAUUGUUGCCAAUGAUGCCACCAUCAAAGGAGGUACUUACUAUCCCGUGACAGUGAAGAAACAUUUGCGGGCACAAGAAAUUGCAAUGCAGAACAGGCUCCCCUGCAUCUACCUGGUUGAUUCAGGAGGUGCAAACUUACCUCGGCAAGCAGAGAUAUUUCCAGAUCGAGAUGACUUUGGCCGUAUAUUCUAUAAUCAGGCAAUUAUGUCUUCUCAAAAUAUUGCACAGAUAGCGGUGGUCAUGGGCUCCUGUACGGCAGGUGGCGCUUAUGUGCCUGCAAUGGCUGAUGAAAACGUCAUUGUGCGCAGGCAGGGUACCAUUUUCUUGGGAGGACCCCCAUUGGUUAAAGCCGCAACUGGAGAAGAGGUCUCAGCUGAGGAUCUUGGAGGGGCCGAUCUGCACUGCAGAAAGUCUGGAGUGUCCGACUACUACGCUUUGGAUGAUACUCAUGCCCUUCACAUAACUAGGAAGAUUGUGAGGAAUCUGAAUUAUCAGAAGAAAUUGGAUGUGUCCAUUGAGCCUUCGGAAGAUCCUUUGUUUCCUGCUGAUGAAUUGUAUGGAAUAGUUGGUGUUAACCUUAAGAGGAACUUUGAUAUCCGAGAGGUCAUUGCUAGAAUCGUGGAUGGAAGCAGAUUCAAUGAGUUCAAAGCCUUAUAUGGAGACACAUUGGUUACAGGAUUUGCUAGAAUAUUUGGAUACCCUAUAGGUAUCAUUGGAAAUAAUGGAGUUCUCUUUUCUGAAUCUGCAAAAAAGGGGGCUCACUUCAUCCAGCUCUGCUGCCAAAGGAAUAUUCCUCUGCUGUUCCUUCAAAACAUUACCGGAUUUAUGGUUGGCAGAGACUAUGAGGCUGAGGGAAUUGCCAAGGAUGGUGCGAAGAUGGUGGCUGCUGUGGCCUGCGCCAAUGUGCCUAAGAUAACUGUCAUCAUUGGGGGUUCCUACGGGGCUGGAAACUAUGGGAUGUGUGGCAGAGCAUACAGCCCAAGAUUCCUCUACCUGUGGCCAAAUGCUCGCAUCUCAGUGAUGGGAGGAGAGCAGGCAGCCAAUGUGUUGGCCACAGUAGCAAAGGACCAAAGAACACGUGAAGGGAAACAGUUCUCCAGUGCUGAUGAAGCAGCUUUAAAAGAGCCCAUCAUUAAGAGGUUUGAAGAGGAAGGAAACCCUUACUAUUCCAGUGCAAGGCUGUGGGAUGACGGGAUUAUUGAUCCCGCGGACACCAGACUGGUCCUGGGUCUCAGUCUUAGCGCAGCCCUCAACGCGCCAGUCCAGAAGACUGACUUCGGCGUCUUCAGGAUGUAACUGGGAUAUAAAGCAUCUUCCAUUGGACACGUACCAAAACUAAGAUACUAGUAGCCUUAACAUUUUAGACUUUUCCAACAUGUGGCUAUUACAGUAAAAUUGUUUUCUUAACACAGUACAUCGUACUUUUCUACCUUAAACAAAAAUCAGUGAAGAUAUGUAUCUGAUGAA